GGCCAUUUCAGUCGGGAGUUUCAUCUGAAAAGGACGUGAAAAGUAAAUAGUGUGGAUAGUGGUAGAGUGCACGAAAUGGAGCCUAACUUACUGAAUAUGGAGCGAGGCAGCGCUAGCAGUUACACUUUACAGGUUCCGGAAGGUGUCAAGCAUCGAUCGAAUAGUCAAUUUUCAGAUGUUUCGCAGACAACGGAGGUGGAAGCUAAACAGAAUAUUAUCUUCGGUAAUCCGGCGCAAGCGGCGUGGGGAAUUCUUUUGGACUAUUCAAGGAUUAGCACUGUACAUGGAGUACGGUAUAUGGUGGCACGAAAAAGACCAUGGUGGGAAAGGAUACUAUGGAUUUGCAUUUUCGUGGCAGCGAUAUGCAUAUGUGCUCGACUGAUCGCAAAAAUCUGGUUGAAAUGGGAAACAACGCCCGUCAUUGUCAGCUUCAGUGAAAAAACAACACCAAUUUGGGAAAUUCCAUUUCCAUCUGUUGUGCUUUGUCCUGAAAGCAGGACCGUCAAUGGGACAUUCAACUUCACAGAAGCCUUCUACCAAGUCAUCGAUAAUCCGAGUCGGGAUAAAUUCGACAACAUAUCCACCACAGAUUACGAGAAUCUGCAAACUCUAUCACAAAUAUGCGAUGCGGAUUUAGUUGAACGAUUAAAAUUUAAAAUAUCUGAACCGAUUGAUGUACUAGACACAAUGGUGUCCUUAGCGCCAACCAUCAACUACACUAUGCCAUUCGGGAUGUUCAAGCAUAAGGUUUUUUUCCCAGAUGGCUAUUUCACAACUGUAUUCACGGACCUGGGAGUAUGUCAUCAAUUCAAUGGAAUGCAUCAAUCCGAAAUUUUGCAUUUUCCAAGCACCACAAAUUUCACCUUCGAAGGAGAAGUCUAUAGAGAGUCAACUUGGAGCGUAGAUGAAGGAUAUCGCACUAGGGCGAAUGAUAACAACACAUAUCCAUGGCGUGUUGAAACAGCCGGUGCAAGGGGAGGACUAUUCCUGUCUCUUCAAGGCCGAAUACAGGAUAUAGAUUAUCUGUGUCGGGGCUCAGUGGAAGGAUUUAGCAUUCAGCUGUUAUCACCCGAUGAGUUUCCAGCGGCUAACAAGCAGUACGUUCGGGUGCCAUUCAAUAAGGACGUUCAACUUUUAAUCACGCCACAAUACAUAACAACAUCCGAAAAUGUUAAACAUUAUUCAGCGGAAAGGAGAGGAUGCUUCUUCAACGAGGAACGCUCUUUGAAAUUUUUCAAAAAGUACACCCAAAACAACUGUGUACUGGAAUGCUUGACGAAUUACACCUUGACCAAAUGUGGUUGCGUUAAAUUUUCAAUGCCAAGAACAAAGGAUAUGCCUAUUUGCCAAGCAUCUGAUAUUCUGUGCUACCAGACUGCAGAGGAUGAUCUUUUACGGGAUCAAUUUGAGCAUGGGCUCAUAGGAUAUUCGGACUCACCAGAUUGUAAUUGUUUGCCAGCGUGUACUUCCAUAGUUUAUCAAGUGGAGAUUUCGGAAGCCCAUUUCGACGUUUACAAAGUUCUAGAGGCAUACAGGGAGAAUUAUACGGACGAGAAUCCAGGGUUGGUGAUGGGGCGAACAUCAAUAUUUUUUAAGGAGCAGCAAAUCCUGACCAUAAGGCGUUCCCAGCUGUUUGGUACUACCGAUUUCUUGGCAAGCUCAGGAGGACUUUUGGGAUUGUUUGUGGGGAUAUCCGCCCUUAGUUUCGUAGAGAUUAUUUAUUUUUGCACUGUACGAUUGAUUUCUAACUUGAAAAUGAGACGCAAAGUGAAAUCAGUGGUAUACCAGCAGUAAACAUUGGUGUACUAGUAACCGUUUUUUCAAAAAUAUCCUGUCAUGAGAAAUGAUAAUAAAUGAUAAUUUGGUGGUGUUAUUUUUA